GCCAAUUCAAGGACGUCGACGACAGACCACCGCGGCUCCAGCUUCGCCGACACCCUCCCCUCCGAAACCCGCCGCCGAACCUCAGGAACGUCGAAGACCCCCGGGUACUGAUCAACCGAAUCGAACGAGGCCCGAAUCGACCCCAAUUGGCGGCAAAGCCAAUCUGCCCCCGACGAUGCAGAAACUCAUGAAACGCACGGCCCAGGCCGAGAAGCAGGUCGCCCGCCGUAUCAAGAAACGCUCCCGUGUCGAGGUCGGCACCGAGAAGGCACAGCGCUUCAGGGACCAGCGGAACCAGCUCACGGAGCUUAAUAAGGAUAUCAAGACCGCCCGUCUUGUCCGCCAAGAGAAAUGGGCCCUUGGGCCCUUGGCCCCGCGCCGCGACGUUUUCGACAGCUACGGCGCCAUCCAGACGAACCGCCAGUCACGCUCGACGCCCCUCAAGCCUGAGGAGGUUGAAGCGCGCUGCGCCUGGGCCGGUGGACGUCAGUACCUCAACAUUGCCGUCAAUGACCGUGUUGUGCUUCUCGAAGGCCCCGACAAGGGCAAGAUCGACCGCAUCGCGAGCAUCAACCUCGAACACGGCACCGUGACACUGAAGGACAUCGCAAAGAUCACUGUCGCUGUCCCCGAAACCUUCCAAAAGGGCCUCGACGCCCCAACCACGCAGAACUCAUCCAUGCACAUCCCCAUCUCGGCGAUCCGCCUCGUCCACCCCAUCGUUGACCCCGCGACGGGUGUCGCCCGCGACGUUAUUGUUCGCCAGCUCGCCCGUGGCCCCGUCAAGUGGUCUCGUCACACCGGUUGGCGUGCCUGGACGCGGUACAUUCCCGGUGCCAACAUCGCCAUUCCCUGGCCGGAGCGCGAGACCCCUAUCCGCGAGGACCAGCCCGGCGAUACGAGGCGGACAGAGGUUGAGGAGGUUACCUUCGUGCCGACGCUCCUCUCUCCUCCCAUGCCCGAGUCCGUCAUCGAUGAGUUGCGCAACAAGUACUCGCGCUUCCGUACCCGCCACGAGGAAGACUACAUCCUCCGCAAAGAGGCCGAGGAGGCCGAGAAGAAGGCCUUGAAGAAGGUCUCGGCCGAUGCCCUCGCCUCCAUGCGCACCCCGCUCCAAGAAUUUAACCGCCAGCAGCGCGAGGCCCGUCGCGCCCGCGGCGAGCCCGAGCUAACGGCGGACAUGCUUCAGCGCAUCGGCGAGGUCAUUGCGAGGAACAAGGCCACUGUCGGGGGCGCUUCUGUGUCGAUACCAGAGCUUUCCAACGCUUCUGCCGCGGCGGCGGCGGAAGCGGCCAAGGAGAGUCACCCUCCGCCUCAAUAAGGGGUCGGCCGCGGGCGCGGACGCUGGUGUUGGUUAAAAGUUGUGUGGGGUCUCGAAAGCAAAAAAAGAAAGGGGACGCGUGUGGACGAGAUGUAGCAUGUAUGAACAGCCAUAGCAGAAUCCCAAAUGUGCAAUAUUGUACUUUUAGUAGAACACGCAAAACAUACAAGACUUGUAA